AUGGCCGCACCGAUCAGGGUUCUGUUUCGCGGUGGCACAGUCCUGACCCACGACGAUGAUGAUCAUGUCAUUCCCAUCGAGAGCGAUCUCCUGGUAGAGGGGAAGAGCAUCAAAGAGAUAUCACCUAGCAUUCAACUUCCGACCGGCUCUGAUGUCAAGGUGGUGGACUGCAAGAAUAAGAUUGUGAGUCCUGGCUUCAUCAGCACUCACCAGCAUUUGUGGCAGUCAUUGUGCAAGUCGCUCUGGAGCGAGUUCACUAUUCUCGAAUAUUUAUGUCUAGGAUUGUUCGACAACGUGCACCAUCAGCCGAACGACAUCUUCUGGGCUGAGUUGGCUGGCGCGCUGGAGGGCAUCGAUGCGGGCACUACCACCGUCAUGGAUCACGCACACUUUCACUACUCAACUGAGCAUUCCGAUGCGGCAAUUGCUGCGCUCGAGGCUACUGGCUUACGCGCGGUGUUUUGCUUCUGUCCCAGCUCGCGAUUGCGGAAACAUGACCCCCUCGAGGUUGACGGCGACAUAUUCUGUGAUUGGAUCAUGGAUAAAAUCCAAGCCCUGGCUCAGAAUGCACCCUAUGGAGACGGGCGUAUCCAGAUCGGAUUUGGGCUGGACGAGUUUCGUUUCGACCGGGCGACGACAGUGGACGUGUUCAAACGGAUCAAGUCUUUUGGAAUCAAGCAUGUGACAACACACUAUUUCCGAAGCCCAGCAGGAGGCAGGCCUACCAUCUCUUUCUAUUUUCCUCUAAAGAAUUCGAGACUGGCCCUUUUCGACGAGUACGGAAUCGUCGAUCCUGACACACACUGGGUAGUGUCCCAUGCGACUAACCCCAUGCCCGGCGAUGCCUCGCUCCUCCAAAAACACAACAUGUACAUAUCCUCUGCGCCAUCUUCAGCAAUGCAGAUGGUGAUGGGCCACCCGACAGCUCUGUAUCACCCGACAGAGGACUUCUUCUCGCACGCUUCGGUCGGCGCAGACAGCCACGCAAUCUGUGGCUCAUCCCUCGCUUCGGAGCUGCGUAUUCUACUACAAGAUGCGCGUGCGCAAUUCAACGACUCGCUCGUCGAGAGCUGGAAGUCCCCCGCUAAACUCAACCGCAGUGUGGAGGACGCGUUCAACCUGGCUACGGUCAAAGGUGCCAGGGCGCUAGGUAUGGCCGACCAAAUCGGCCAGCUCAAGGCCGGUAUGGCGGCAGAUAUUGUGGUCUACGACGGAACCACGCCUGCGAUGUACGGCGGCGCGCAGACGAAUCCCGUCACCGCGAUCGUGACGCUGAGCAGCCCCGCGGACGUGGAGCUGGUCAUGGUGGAUGGGAUCAUCCGCAAGGAAAAUGGGAGACUCAAAAAUGUGCAAACUGCUCAAGGAGACCAGAAGUGGCGCGAGGGAGCGAACGAGACCUUGACCUGGGCUGACAUCUCAGCCAAGUUGAUCGAGAAGAGCAGGGUGAUGAAAAGCCGGAUCCAUUCGGUCGACGAGAAUCAGAUGAGAAAGAGCGUCAUGCAGUUUCUGAAUGUCGACCCGUCCGUAGUGGUGGAAUAG